UUACAAUCAUCGAUAAGCUAUAGUUCAUAUAAAGGCGGUAGCAGUGCUCACCACAAUCUGUCCAUUCAUAUCAAGAUCAAAAGACUGAUUCAAUUUGGAAUUAACAUGGCUGGACGACACGCAUUAGUUACUGGAUUAGUAGCCAUUUUUGGUUUAUUCUAUCUUACAAGUGUUAAUGGAUUAUCAUGUUUGUUUUGCGAUAGAGCUGUUAAUAUCACCGACUGUCUAACACAGAAAGCUGCAUGUAAAGACGUGGACGAGCAAUGUUUCCUUGACAAGACUAUUCUUCCUGAUCUAACAUCUGUAUUUUCAGCUGGAUGCAGAUCUAAACAGGUGUGCGCUUUGAUUGCCAGUGCAGUUGGAAAGAGAGAUUCAGUAGCUUGUGCCCAGUGCUGUGAUGAUCCAGUAAACAACACUACACUAAUUCCAUGCAACGGUUAUCUAUGCAACCAGAAUCCCCAACCAGCAGGAUCAACCUGUGGAGUGUGUGACAAAGUCAGUGAUCCAAAAGAUUGCUCUGUUGACCAACAGUGCCAACCAACUGAGGUUUGCAAGAUCAAUACUCUUUUCACUGGUGGUGUCUUAAAGUAUGAACUUGGAUGUGAGCAAAAAACCGUAUGUGAUUUACUUUUGAAAGAAUAUAAAGCUACUCAUAGUACGGGCACAGGUAGAAGAGCCGACCAUGGAGAUCUUGUGCUUUGCUCUGCCUGUUGUGAUUCUUUAAGUUGCAACAAAAAUCAAUGCUCUGAUGUUAUUAAAACUCAGACAUGCCAUAACUCAACCAUUUGUGGAUAAGAAACACAAGAAAGGAUUGCUUGCACAACUUUCUACUUCAGUUCAACAUUGUAUAAUAAAAGUGUUCAGAA